AUGGACGCUGAAUACAAAAGUGAUCAAGAAAAGUAUGCUCAAAAAAUGUUUAAUAAUGAAAUCAAUUUAUCUGAUCUUGAUUCAUAUAUAAAUAAAAUGGCGUCUUGGCCCAGGCAAUACAAUCUGGAGCACAUUUUAUUAUAUCCUACAAGGUUUCGCCAAUCCAGAAAUGGACAGCAAUCCUAGGGAAGCAAUUCUGGUAAUGUAUAGAGCCUAGUCCUAGUUAGCUUUCAGUAUUGAAUUUACCUCUAGGGAAAAGGUGGGUUCAGAGUUGGCCUAGCAAAGUCUACAGACAAUGCCUAGAUCAUUCGAGCAUCUUCCCAGCCUGAAACUGAGAGUUGCGCCCCAGGUUUUGAGCUUAUCCUUUUUAGUAAUCACAAGAAAUUGUAUUUUUUGCUGUCAACCUUGGCCUAGCCCAAGCAGGAUGCCGCAGAAGUUCAUAGUCUUCCCACUCAACACUGGAGCCAACAAGGCAAGGAGGAGACGGAGACACAGAACUCUAUUUCGCAUGCCCCAUAGCGCCAGGCGGUUAAGAAGAGAAGAGGCCAUACUCAAGCCGAUACUCGUCUUAUUAGUUAUCUAACUCAAAGAAGUUCUUUCUAUCGACGCUACAAAGAGGUUAAAUCCCUGCAGCACCUUUGCUGACUGCUUUACAACAGUUAACAGCCAAACCUUCAAUUAAGUUUAAGUUUAAGAUCUUGAUUCCUAUAUAGAAAGCCUAGUUAAUGCUAAAUUAAACGAAAAAAUAGGCUCAUUAAUAGCAGAAAACAAAGAAUUAAAAGAAAAAGUUUCACUUUUAGAAAUUAGCUGUAGUACCCAGGCACAGAUAAAUAGAGAAUUGCAAGAAAAAUUAGAUAAUUUUGUAGCUGCUAGUGUAAAAGCUGAUUUGCCAUCUGCGCUUAAAGAGAUCAAUGAAAAAUUGAUGAAACUAUCAAGCGAAAGCAAAGCAUACUUUGAAAGCAAUAGUUCUGUAGUCUACCACAAUUGGAUUGAAUUGGAUGGAAGAAUUAAUGUUAUAGCUGAAGAUAUGGAAAAGCUCAUGCAAAAUUAA